GCGCAUGCGCGCUCUUCUGCCUCCAACAACAAGAAGCAGGAGCCAGGCAACAUGGCCGACCUGGGGAAAAAGUACUGCGUUAACUGCCUUGCAGAUGUUACAAACCUGCGGCUUCGCUGCACCGACUGUCCCGAUAUCGAGCUGUGCCCGGAGUGCUUCUCGGCGGGCGCAGAAAUCGGUAAUCAUCGGAGAUGGCACGGCUACCAGCAGGUCGACGGCGGUCGGUUCUCUCUCUGGGGUCCCGAGGCAGAGGGAGGAUGGACCAGCAGGGAAGAGCAGUCGCUCCUCGAUGCUAUCGAGCAGUAUGGGUUUGGAAACUGGGAGGACAUGGCAGCUCACGUCGGAGCAUCCCGAACUCCUCAGGAAGUCAUGGAACACUAUGUCACCAUGUACAUCCACGGAAACCUAGGUAAGGCCUGCAUCCCUGAGAGCAUUCCCAACCGGGUGACGGACCACACCUGUCCCAGCGGGGGGCCGCUGUCGCCUAGCCUUACCACUCCUCUCCCACCGCUGGAUAUCAACCUUGCAGACCAGCAGCAGCUGGGCUACAUGCCACUACGUGACGACUAUGAGAUUGAAUAUGACCAGGACGCAGAGAAGCUCAUUAGCGGGCUGUCUGUGAACUACGACGACGAGGAUGUGGAAAUUGAAAUGAAACGUGCACAUGUGGAUAUGUAUGUGCGCAAGCUUAGAGAACGCCAACGUCGUAAGAACAUCGCAAGAGACUACAACCUGGUGCCUGCGUUCCUGGGCAGAGACAAGAAGGACAAGGAGAAGGAGAAACCAGGAGCGCUGGGAGUCAUAGGUACUGCUGUUGGGGUAGGGGGGGUAGCAGUUGGCAGUGGCACAAUUGGAUCAGGUUCCACAACGGCAGUAGGAUCAGGCCCUGUUUCCAGUACGCCCAAAAGAAAGAUCCCAAAGGAAGAGAAGGAGCAGCGGGUCAGACUGCGGGGGCUCUGUCAGUUCAUGGCUAAUCGGGAAUUUGAAGACUUCUUUGAGAACAUGCAUAAAGAGCGUGUGCUAAGAGCAAAGGUGCGUGAGCUGCAGCGCUACCGGCGCAAUGGCAUCGCCCGCCUGGAAGAGUCUGCUGAAUAUGAAGCAGCGCGCCACAAACGGGAGAAACGCAAGGAAAACAAAAGCGUGGUCACCUCCAAACGGGGAAGCGGAGGAGGGGGCGGGCUUGGCUCUGGGAUUGGACUUGGGGGAGGAGCUGGAGGGGGAGGCGGCAUAGCUGGAGGGUUGGGGGUUGGUUGUGGGAUUAAGGAAGAGGGCAAAGAUGGUGAAUUUGCCGCCAUCGAGAAUCUGACAGGCUUCGAGCUGCUGUCAGACAGGGAGAAGGUGCUUUGUAACUCUCUGAACCUCAAUCCAGCACGUUACCUGACUGUCAAAACCAUCAUCAUCAAAGAUCACCUGCAGAAAAGGCAAGGUAUCCCGGCCAAGAGCCGGCUGCCCAGCUACUUGGACAAGGUUCUCAAGAAGCGUAUUCUCACCUUUUAACGGAAAGUGGCUGGAUAUCCCGAGAUGCCUCUUAGUGAUCCAUCUUUGGUCAGGAAAUAAUACGUUUAUGAUUCGCUAAAAGCUCUGUAGGCAACUACUGGCAUUUUUCAGAGGUGACAUUGUGGAUAUGUACAUUACAAAGAAAGAAGAUGCCCCACUGGAGAAAAACAAAUAUAUAUUUUCAUACGAGAAGAAAAUAAGCCUCUAUUUUUAGAUUUGGCAAGGGACAGGGCUGAAAAACAACACUUUGGGUUUAAAGUAUUUUGUGUCCAUAUUUUUACUACAUGAAUGAAAACUACAAUGCUAACAAGUAUAACAUAGCUCCAGAGAUGUUUAAAUGCUGUUGCAAGAGGAUGAUUGUUAGAUUUAAAAUCCAAAAAUCGACAUGGAAAAGGCAAUAGGAACAUAACAUUUCAUGGAAAAGUUUGAGUCAUAAUUGUUGGGUGAAUAAUCACUAUUUUUGGUGGUAGAUGUUUUUCAGGAUUUGCCUCAAAAUAAAUUAAGUUAACUUUGUUAGUAGGUAAGGCAGGACUUCCUAACUAGAGCUACCGUUUACAUGUUGUAAAAUGUUAUGGCCUUCAUUUUCUAGAUUUUUUUCAUGCAACUUGAGCAAACAAUCAAUCUUCUGAAUGUUCUUCUUCUCACUGACUAAUUGGGAAAGGAAAAGAAGCAGCAGGGUUGAACAGUCAUCAUGUUUCUUUUUGGCUGAGCACUUGCUUCUGCCUGAAGGCAAUCACAAUGUAGGUUGACAUAGAGCUAGAUGGAUAGAUCUGAUGAUAUAUCAGUAUUGGCCCAUUCGUCAGCCAAUGAGCAACAAGAAAUAAAUGCCAAAGAUGAUUUAAAAGAUGAUUUAGAGUACAUUACACAAUCUGUCAACCAGAGAGAACAGGCUUCAAAAUGCUGUCAGGCUUUAAUUUGUAUUAAUUGAUGUCAUAGUUUUUCACCUGAAAUUACUAUGGAGGAAGACUUUUUUUUUUUGCCAAACAAAAACUGAACUUUUACAAAAAAAUGAGUGCAGCUUAGCACAGCUUUAAAUCUUCUACUGUCAACAUAAUAUAAUACAGGCAGCUUAAUGUGAAAGGGCAUUUUACAAUGAUACUAAAAUGCCUAAUUAGAAUGUAGUUGCAAGUGUUAAGGCAAGGCAAUCUAAUAGUACACAUCUUUAUAUUUUUCAACUAGCAGGAACUGCAGUAUGCCUCAAUUUAAUUUCAAAAGGUCCUUACAUCAAACCUAAGCCCUGUGGACGACAGCAUCACAUUCCCAGGUGGUAACUGUCUUUUUUAGGGGAAAUGCUAGUCAUGAGUAGCAUUAGUUCUUAGCUGUAUACAUUGCCGCAAAAGUAGCUUUGCUUUUUUUGUGGUAAAGUAAAGUAAAUGCUCCCUCUUCACUGUAGAACUUGAGUCGAGGGUGUUAAUAUUCUGUUAUGGUCAACAGUCAUGCUUUUUCAUAUUUCAUCAAUGUUGUGCUCCACACCAUGUACCAUUUUAAUCAACGUAAGGUUGUAUUUCAGAGAUAAAUCUGGUGAUAUUUUAUAUUUCUCUUAUUAUAUACACAUCCCAUGAAAACACCAAAACCACCUAUUGUUUGUAUCAAAAGCCUGAUAUAUCUAAAUCCUGUUAGAGUUCAAUAUGAAGCACAUCUAUGAACCACACUGUUGAACUGGGUGGUGUGUUACUUCAUUAUCGUGAACACACACACUGUCAUUUUGACUCAAUCCCACAUACAUUAACACUCGCUAGACCACUAAAUGGCUGAUAAUAGGCCCGACAAGUGCAUUUCCUCCCAUUUGAGUCAUUUCCUAAAAACUAUGCCACCAAACCUUUUUUUAAGGAGUAAACAUUUAUAUAUAAUAAUGAACAAUUACUCUGCAAGAGACAAUAGGACAAUGGAAAGUAUUAAGAGGCAGACUAAGUUUUGUGUUUUCAUUGAAUUUGAUUAAAUAACUAGAAUACUUUAUAUUUUAAGCCUUACUUUGUAUUGUUAAGUAACACAUCAUCAGGUGCUUAUGCUUGUUUUUUGUUGCAUAACUCUGGGUCUUAGUAGUUCACAAUUUUGAGAAAUGCUUAUAAUACGAAAAUCCAUAUUUCCAACAUAAUUUGUAUAUAACAUAUAAUUAAUCUAAUUUACAUUCAUAUGUUUCUGUUCCCAUUGCGUUGCAUAUUAACCCAUGGCUAACAUUUCGGACUGGAGUUUGAUAUAUUAGUCAACUGUUUAGGUUUAUUGAAGAUGCUGAUUGUACAACAGGCAAGACUUGUUGUGUUGAAGCUGAGGGGAAUGUGUGAGUAUAAUGGCAUUGUUAAAAAACGAAUAAGAAAAGUUCAGGUCAGAUGUCAGCUCCAAGUGCCAAAAUGUCAUCUGAACCACAGUUAAAAAAACAAGGCUACAUUUCAGCCUAUACACCAAACUCCAAUCCUGUAGAAUUGAUGCUUCUCAUUUGUAUGAAUAUUAGUUAUUUUCAGAUUUUGACAGUAAAUCUUUCUGCAUGUGCACCCAAAUGUUCAAAAAGGUCCUAAAAUAGUGGCAAUUAUAUUUUUCCAAUGGGUUAAUAGUUUUUGUAAGGGGGAUUUUGCAUUCUUUUUACAUUUGUAAUAUAAAUUGGGAAAAAAAUAUAAUUACCCACAUGUGAAAUGUACAGUAUUUUGUGUCAUGGUAAUGUUCAUAGAUUUGUAAUAAAGUAAAAAUAUUUUUGAUUAGA